AUGAUUGAAAACACCGAAUUGAUGUCUGGCCCAGCGCCCCCACCACGCUCGGGGUCGGGGUCGUCAUUGUCUGCCGAUUUGGCCGAGCCCUUGAACCGAUCAGCCACUGACGUGGCAUCCAUUCCUGAUCCCAACCGCCAAUUCAAGAGCAACAAUCCGUUCCUCCAACAGGCCGACUGGAACACUACCGCUGCCACAGUUUCUGGCGGCGAAUGGGCAGUUCCUACCAAUUCAGAGGACUCUGGAGCCACGGAAGCCCCCCAGCAGGAAUUGAAGGCAUAUCCGUUCAAGACAUUGAACAGAAUCCUCGAUGACUUGAGAUGGACUGUUCCCUUCAAAGCCAAGUUCAGCACCAGUUUGUUGAACAACAAGCCCAUCGACUACUCCUCCAACUUGAGCAAGAUGGCUCAAUCCAACCAAUUCGAGUACGACGUGUUGACCUUGAACAACAGCUUGAACUACGCCCCCUCCUACGAGGAGAUCCCCGAAGCCGAAUCCAACCGCACCUUGAAGAUCAUCAGAGGCUUGAUUACAAAUGCCAAACACGACACCUACCAUUUCCGGUUAAUGAUAUUGGAGAAGGUCACCAACCCAUUCUCUCCCAUCGACAAGCACGAGUACCACAUCAUUCCCCACUCUGUGCUCGCCAAAAAUGAGUUGGAUGUGUUGAGACACGGACAAGAGUCCGGCUUACUAGAUGACGCAUACUUUAUGAGCUCGAAUAGCAACCUCAAUCACAUCUUGAGAGUCAGUGUGUUCAACCCUGAAUUCUCUCGCGAUGAUUUGUUUCAAUUGACUGAUGAAGAAACUAUCAAGAAUAGAUAUUUAGAAGGCAUGAAGAACCAUCCCAAUUUAUCAGCAGACACCAUCCCCAAUCCCAUCCAUUGCUUCAAAACCAUGAUAAAAGUGCUUAAGGGUCCCAUAUUGCUACCUCCUACAGAUUCCAUUAAGACUAUAAGCUUGAAAAAUACAGUCUUGGACUCACAGGUUGAUAUUGCGUUCCUAUUGAAUAGGUUAUCAUUUAGCUUGAAUUCAGAAGAGACUGAUCUCAUACCUCCAAGUCUACACACAUCUCCAGAAUUGAAAGAAGCUUAUGUCAGAAAGGUGAUUGAGCUCAUUUUUUGCGCCAAAGUCUAUGGGAAGAAGUACUCCAACAAUGAGUUUGAAACCCAAUAUUCAUACUCCGAUAACUUUUCAUUAAUUUUCAGUCAUAUUCCAGAGUUUGAUAAACACAUAAACUUAGUUCAUUUCAAAACCCACAAUUCAAACCACUUACCAUUCUUGAUUAAUCUUAGUAUUUGUUCAUUUUUCCAGGAUGAGCUCAUUGUUAAGUGCUUCGAGAACACUGUCAAGUCUGACCUCACGAAUAAGCUUCAUUAUGUCGACUCAUUAAAGAGCACUAUUAAUUUCAGGAACGGUUCCUCUACCAAUAACAAGCUUGCAAAAUAUCUCAAGAACUUAUCCACGCAUGGAGAACUUGUGGGUUGGUACGAUUAUGUCGAGUCUAUGAAAGCGCUAGGAUUGACAGCUGAAGAUGCCCAAAGUCUUCAAAAUAUAGAUGAUGAUGUUGUCAUUGCGAUGUACAAAACCAAUUAUAAGUCGGAUUUGAAGAACUACACAUAUUUCCAUCGCCAUUUAACUACUAUUGCAAAGGCCAGAAAUUCAACGAAACUCACUAAUUUCAUUGAUAAUGAGAUUAUUCCUUUGGAAUUGGCUUUGGAGGAAUUGGGUGUCGAAGAAAUUACCGAAGAUGAAGUGAUUAUUACUGCGUAUGAAUUCGGCCUAGACGAAGUGAUGCAAAGUAAUGGUUUCAAUAGUUCAUCUCCUAAGGUUUCACUUUUGAGUAAAUCCUUACUUUCAGUUGCUGUAAACCGGAAAAGUUAUCUUUUGUUGAAUUAUCUUGAAACAAAGUUGCCAGACACUAUCAAGGUCUCCAAAGAUAUCACUUAUGCAAGAGCUCUUGAAAUUUUAGGAUGUCAAACAAGCUCAUCCGAAUUUGAACUUGUUACCAAUUUCCAGAGCAGACUUAUUUCUAACGUGGAAAAUGAAUUAAAUGAUGUCCGUAUAUUGAGAUACAGUUUGAAAUUGAUAGCCGAGAACAAGAAGUCGGAUAUUUUAUUCAGUUUCUUAAAGAAUGGUAGAAUAGACCCAACACUAUUGCCUGCAGAGAAUUGGCCAGCUGGUUUGGAUAAUAUCGGGAAUACGUGCUAUUUGAACUCAUUAUUGCAGUAUUACUUCUGUAUUAAACCAUUGAGGGAGUUGAUAUUGAAUUUCGAGGAGAAGGACCUUGAUCUCUUACAAAAUCGUAAGAUUGGUGGUAGAAAGGUAGAGGAAGCAGAAAUUGCUCGUUCCAAGCAAUUUAUUUAUCACUUGAAGCACUUGUUCAAUGAAAUGAUUCACACCGAUAAAAGAUGCGUUGAGCCAUCGAAAGAAUUGGCUUACUUAUCGUUUUUGCACCUUUCACAGCCUGUCACAUUCAAAGAGAAUAGGUUCGACGAGAAGGAAAAUGAUAUCAUAGAUCUUGAAAGUGAUGAGCCAAUUCUUGUCUCGUCUCAGUCAGAAUCAGAUUUAGAUGUGGAAAUGAUUGAAAGCUCAGCACCUGAACUCGAUAGUCAUAUUGAAAAUGUGGAAAUCAUUGCAGAUGAAAGUCAUGAGGAGCGUAAUCCAUCCCAGAUUUUGCCAAUCAGCACUGAUCAAAUGGAGAGCACUAUUGAAGUUGGUAGACAGCAAGAUGUUACCGAAUGUAUCGAAAAUGUGACCUAUCAAAUUGAAACGGCCUUGGAACCGGAAGAAUUAGAGGAAGAUGGUGAGCAGGUUGAUCUAAUCAAAAAGCUCUUUUAUGGUAAAAUUAAACAAACAAUCACUCCGUUAGAUCUGAUCAACAAACAACCCAGAAUAUCAGCGGAAAGGUUCUUUAGUUUGAUCAUUAAUGUGAGUGAUAAUCCGAAGAAUAUUUAUGAUUCGUUGGACAAUUAUUUUAGUGAAGAUUUGGUUAAGCUUGAGGAAGGAUAUGUUAAAAAGUCUCUCACUAUUAGUGAACUUCCAGAAGUGUUGCAGUUCCAUGUUCAGAGAGUCAUGUUUGAUAGAGAACGUUUGGUACCUUAUAAAUCAUUGCAACCGAUCCCCUUCAGCGAGAAAAUUUACCUUGAUAGAUAUUUGGAUACCACCGAUGAAGAAAUUUUGUCCAAGAGAAACGAAGUUUUCAAAUGGAAAUCGGAGAUACAGAUGUUGCACGAAAGAAAGGAAAGCAUCUUAAAGGUUGAUGACACUACUCAUAUGAACAUCAUUGACUCUUUAAGGACCACAAAGAAGUUUAUCGAGUCAAAAAUUAUUCCUAAUGAAUCUUUUACCUUUGAUGAAGCAACUUUAAUGAAGAUAGACAACCAAAUCACUAGUUUGAACGAAGAUUUGACAAAGAUAGAAAUUAGAUUGACUGAAUUGAGGGAAAAAGUUUCGAACCAAUUCACUUCCUACACCAAGGUUGGCUAUUCUAUAUUUGCUAUCUUUAUCCAUAGAGGAGAAGCAAGUUAUGGCCACUACUGGGUGUAUAUCAAAGAUCCUCAUAGAAAUGUCUUCAGAAAGUACAACGAUGAGGUGGUGACUGAAGUUCCAUUUAGCGAAGUUUUCAACUUCAAUGAUGGCAACACUGCUACGCCAUACUACAUCGUGUAUGUUAAGGAAAACUUAGAGAAUGAGUAUGUUGAACCAUUGAAAAGGGUAAUUGGUACACCCAACUAA